AUGAUUGAAAUCAUUUCACACUACGUCUUUGCCACAUCCCAAUGCUCUCCACCUAGCUGGCACUCGCUAGUGACACCUACAAGCUGGCCAUGGAGCCCAGUAGACAGACACUAUUCCCGUGCAUCAGAAGCUCGAUUAAUUGAUGUACCAGACUGGAGCAUAUUUAAUCUGGGCUUCCCAUCACUAUGGGCUCCGUCAAGUCACCAUUCCUUAGCCCAUCGUGACGAUCUUACAGCUCCGUCGAAAUGCGAAUUCUUCGGACCAUCAGAGACACCCACAGUUCCCUUUGGAUAUGCUCAGCCUCAUGAUACCGGAAUCUUUCAGUGGGGUUGGCCCGACCAGGCCAAUGAUACAGUCUGUGGUUGGGGGUCAAGUGAGCAGCAUACUCGCCAAAUCCGAAAGAUGCUCACCAAGGUUCUGGACGAUUAUCAUGUGAAAACACUCAAUGAUGCUGGCUGUGGAGAUUUAGCAUGGAUCUCCAUGAUAAAUAUCGGAGACAUUGACUAUGUCGGCUAUGAUCUAUAUGAACGCGAGACCUGGUCCGAACUGCGAAAACGUGGUGUUAAAUUAGAUGUUCUCGACAUAACAACAGAAGAUACUCGCGAAACCGAUUUAUUGAUUUGUCGUGAUGUACUUAUUCAUUUACCGAAUGAUAUGGUCCUUUCUACCCUAGACCGAUUUCGCCGGUCGGCGCCACUGCUGCUUGCCACAAGCUACACCAGCGAUUCAAAACUGCACGGAGGAGGAUUUUCCAAUUUGGAGCGAAUGAACGAGCCAAGCUUAAGACAUGCGAAACUAGACCUCACCCUCCCGCCAUUCAACUUGGGGAAACCGCUCAUCAAAAUCUCUGAGGACUUUCCUGGCAAAUAUCUCGGUUUAUGGAAUGUUUCUUACUUGGAAGCGUGA